AUCUCUACUUUUAUUUUUAUGUUAAGUUCUUUCCCUACUCCUUCCUUUCCCACUUUGCCGUUUAUAUAUAAUUCAUUCGCAAAACAAUUAGUCUACCUUUAGAUCGCUUUCCCACACACUCCAAAUCUAGCUAUCUAAAACUACUCCUAACUAUUUUAAACAUACACACACAAAAUUAAUUUAAAAAAUAUAUUUAUACAAAUAUAUGGAGGUAGUGAUACCAAGUACAACACAAUCCAUGGAUUUCGAGUUCAACAAUAUUAAUAAUAGUAUGAGUGUAGUAAAUUCCCCAUACUCAACAGCUCCACCAUCGCCGAAGCGCUUCGGCGAGUACUACUUCAGCGCUCCCACAAGCCCGUCUCGCGUGUCCGACUUCUAUAGAGAUUUCGAGGAAUUCUCUACAGCUGCCGGCGCCGGAUCAGAACGUGGUUACGGCAGUAGUCGGUCUCCGCCUAUGGUUCCAUUUGAGUGGGAAGAAAAUCCCGGGACGCCUAAAAAGGGUUGUGUAGUAGUUGAGAAAGAUAAUGAUGGUGAUGAUGAUGGUGGUGGUGGUGGUGGUUUCGCUUUUGAUUUCAGCGAAGACUUGGAAAGAACUUCUCUCUCGGCUGAGGAGCUCUUCGAUGGUGGUAAAAUCAAGCCUUUGAAACCACCUCCUCGUCUUCAAUUUCUCAACCACCAACCCUCUUCUUCUUCAAAUGGUCAAGAUUCAAUUUACAAUAACAAGAAGAACAACGAGAGGGAAAGAGGGAGAGAAAGAAAUAUAAUUACUAGCAUGGGAGAUAAUUUAUUAUCAUCAUCGAGAUCGAGUCGAAGAGCUACGAGAUCGUUAUCUCCUUUGAGAGCUUCUGAUCAGAGGUGUUGGGAAGAAGAAGAUCAUCAACGACAGCCAAUAAAUAAAAACGACAACAAGGAGAGGUCAUUUACUGCUAGUUCUAAUGUUAAUAAUAAUCCAACUAAAGUGUCUUCUUCUUCUUCUUCUUCGAAGAAAUGGAGAUUCAGGGAUUUUCUUCUGUUUCGAAGCGCAUCAGAAGGGAGAGCUAAUGAGAAAGACCCUUUGAGAAAGUACUACAUGAAAAAACACGAAGAUCUUAAGAACGCUAGUUUUAGGUCUACGGACAGUUUUGGUUCGAAUAAUUCUGGCAGGAGAAAAGGACCACCAGUUUCUGCUCACGAGCUUCAUUAUACGGUCAACAAAGCAGUGUCGGAUGAUUUGAAGAAGAAGACCUUUCUGCCCUACAAGCAGGGUAUUUUGGGAAGAUUAGCCUUCAAUCCAGCACUUCAUGCUCUUGCGAAUGGCUUUGGUUCUCUCACACGUGCAUCAUGAUGACAUGAGUGAGAUCAUUUAUAUGAUGGACCAAAAGAAGAAGAACAAUUAAGGGUGAUGAGCCGUGAACACACAUAUCUUUUUUAAUUAAUUAAUUUGUUUCGGUGUAAAGUUUUGUUUUUAUAAUUAUUAUUACUAUAUGGAAGUUUCUCUUUAUAUUUACCAAGUGAAGAAUCCGAGGAGAUGUGAGAGCUUGAUGAUGCUGUCUGCAAUGCAUGUGUACAAUAAAAACGUACACUCAUACCAAAGUAUCUAUAAAUAUCUAUCUCUUGUUUGAUGCUUCUUCGAAAACUGAAAACAUAAUUCUUUAUUAUUUGUAUAUCUAAAUACAAUAUCCUCUUAUUAUUUUGAA